AAAAGAAAAGGAGUUGACAAAAAAGAAGAGUAAUUGUUAAGUAAAGUAAAAGAAUAAUUCUUUCUCUCUCCUCUUCCAUUGUCCAUUCCCUUCCCACGGUUGUUUAUGGACUAUAUAUAAGACUACCUGCCCUUCACCACUCACUACUACUCUCAUAAAACAAACCAUUAACCAAUUUAACAACUUUCUUCAUUCUUCUCUUUCUCAAAUCCUUAAAUUUCUUCAAUCUUAACUUGAAAUACUUACAAAUUUAGCAUGGCUACUGCUUUAGAUUUUUACAACAAUGAUACCAACAAACCUCUUCUUUUGAAUCCUUUAAAAGAAGAACAAAUCAAACUCCAACAAACACCCUCAAAUUCAUCUCUGUUUUACAAUUCAUAUCCUUUAAACAAGAACAUUUACUUGUUUAAUCAAGAGUUUAAUCAAAUGGGUAUUCCUCAAAACCCUUCAAUUCAGCUUCCUCCUUCUUCAAGCUCUAAUUAUAGAACCAAUCAUCUUCUUUCUCCUAAGCCAACUUUGAUGAAACAAAACAAAUCCACAAAAUUAUACAGGGGUGUAAGACAAAGACAUUGGGGAAAAUGGGUUGCGGAAAUUAGAUUGCCUAAGAAUCGAACUCGGCUUUGGCUCGGAACAUUCGAAACAGCCGAAGAAGCUGCCUUAGCUUACGACAAUGCGGCAUAUAAGCUUCGAGGAGAGUUUGCUCGUCUAAACUUACCUCAUAUUAAGCAUCAUGGAGCUUAUGUAACCACUCAAUUUGGUCAUUAUAAGCCACUUCAUUCUACUGUGAAUGCUAAACUUGAAGCUAUUUGUCAAAGUUUGGAUAUUUCCUUAAAACAGGGGAAAACAGAGGAACCCUGUUUUUCCCCUGUUUCUUCCUCUGUUUCUUACCAAAUUGAAGAGAAUGCUUCAUCGAGUUCUUCUCAAGUUUUGGUUCCUAAAGCCGAGGUUUUACCUGUGGUUUCAGAUGAUUCAUCUACGAAUUCGUGUUCCCCGGAAUCCGGCGUUACGUUCAUUGAUUUUACUGAAUCUUCUUGGGAUGAAUUUAAUAGUUUUUCAUUGAACAAGUUUCCUUCCUUUGAGAUUGAUUGGGCUAAUAUUUGAUUCUUGCCUUUGAUUCUUAGUUCUGCAAAUUGGGUUUUUGUGACAUUUGCAGGGGUGGCAAGUUGUUAAUAUUGUUUUUAUCAUGUCAUAUUGUCAAUACACUGUAUUAGGAUCUUACUUUAAGUUUGGUUGGGUAGAAAUUUUUAUCUGCUUAAUCAAAGAUAAGUUAGGGUUUUAUGUUUUUUCAUUUUUAGUUUUUGGAAGGCUACUUUAGUUUCAUAUUGUAAGUUAUUUACUUUAUAUUAGUACAAAUGUUAUAAUGUACAUCAUCUUAAUAAUGUUGUCAUUGUCCUAGCUUUUAAAAUUAUAACGCGUUUUUUGUGCGGCCAACCACGUCAUGUAACCACUUGCAAAAAGAAUAAAAUAACUCUUUUAACAUUGAUCGAA